AUGGUGAAAGCCUCGGACGAAGACGGUGCCUCUACGGAGCGGCUGAAGCUUCGCAGUCAGCUCAAUGAUUCUAGUCUACUGAAGGAGGCGGACGCGCUGCGGACGCUCGAGUUUUACCCAAAGAAGCAUGGACUUUGGCCUCAGCCGUACAUGGUGGAGUACUCGCUGGAGUACGGCCUGCUGCGUCUCUCGGAGGAGAUGCGCGCCCACUACAAUGUUCCCCUGAAGGUGGUCAGCCUCUGUCCGGAGGAGGACGCCUGCUUUGGCGACCCGCUGGCGCGCUUCAUUCUGUACCACUUUCUGGGGUACGAUGACGUGCUCAUCGGCUCGAUCAAGCGCCUGGCGGAGAAGGAGAACAACCGAGGGUACGUGCGCAAUGUGGCCACCGGAGAGCACUUUCGCUUUGUCAACGUGUGGAUGACCAGGGCCAGCUACAUUGCCGCCGCCUUCAUCAUGAUCGUCUUCACGCUCUUUGUCUCUAUGCUCAUUCGCUACAGCCACCAACAGGUGUUCGUUUUUGUCAGCGAGUUUUUGCGCACGGUGGAGAUGCAGCAGCCAUUCAGUCGGAUCACCAUGCUCGCCGCCUCGCUGAUCACCGUCGUCUUGGCACUGAUUGGCAUGGAGGCCAUUAUGUUUGAGUUCUUCAACGACUCCAGCAUUGCCUUCCACGUCAUCAUCAUGGUCUGGGCGGCGGACCAGUUUGACUCGAUGGCCGCCCGUUCCGCCAUCAGCAAGCGGCACUUUCUGCGCUUCUUUUACCUCUACCAGUUUGCCUUUUACGCCUAUCACUACCGCUUCAAUGGGCAGUACGCCGGCCUGGCGCUCAUGGUCACCAUGCUCUUCACCUACCACUCAAUGAUCUUCUUCUUUCACCACUACGAACUGCCGCUGGUGCAGGCCAUGGAGGAGCACAUUCGAUUUGAGCGACGACAGCGUGGCGGCGGCGGUGGUGAUGGAACUGGCGGAG